AUGGUGAACUCUACUCACAUUUCAUAUUUUAUACUGACUGCAUACUCUGAAACGGGGUUUUUGAAAUACCUAUAUUUCCUGAUCAUUCUUGCUUUGUAUAUUUGUAUCAUAGGUGCCAACGUGUUGCUGAUUGUGGUUAUCUGUGUGAACAGGAGCUUACAUGAACCUAUGUAUCUUUUUCUGUGCAGCCUGUUUGUAAAUGAACUGUAUGGUAGUUCAGGGCUGUUUCCAUUCCUUCUGGUUCAGAUCCUCUCUGACAUUCACACUGUCUCUGCUCCGCUCUGCUUCCUGCAGGUUUUCUCUGUGUACUCUUAUGCAAAUGUGGAAUUUUUCAAUUUAGCCGUCAUGUCUUAUGACAGAUAUCUUGCUAUCUGUUAUCCUCUGCAAUAUAGCUCACAUAUGACGUAUAAUAUGGUUGUUGUGCUUAUUGCCGCCAUAUGGUUUCCUCCUUUUUUUGCUGUCUUUGUCACGAUAUCACUGACUCUUUCUCUACAGCUGUGUGGGAACAUCCUGAACAAAGUUUACUGUGAUAACUAUUCCAUUGUUAAGCUGGCCUGUUCUGACACUACAGUCAAUAAUAUAUAUGGACUAAUUUUUACUUUUAUCUUAGUCUCUUGUCCUGUGUCUCUGAUCGUGUUCUCGUACAUGAGGAUCCUCAGAGUGUGUUUAUCUGGCUGUAAGCAGAGCAAACAGAAAGCUCUCAGCACCUGCACACCUCACCUCGCUUCCCUCAUCAACUUCUCCUUUGCAGUUUUCCUAGGAGUAAUACAGGGCAGGUUUAAUAUGAGCGGCGUACCCAACACGUUGAGAAUAUUUUUAUCAUUAUAUUUCCUCACAUGCCAGCCUCUCUUCAGCCCUCUGAUGUACGGCCUCAACAUGUCCAAGAUAUACAUCCUGUGUAAAGAUCUGCUGCUAGCUGGGGUUAGGAAUAACCUCUAA